AUCACCGAACAAAUAGCUGCAGCAGGGAAGCAAUUCUUCACUCAGAGCAUUUCCAGCAGUCAUGCAUGACAGAAUGAUGCGUACAGGAAAAAGGUUUGCUGUUUACCUGGCUGCAGCUGUUAUUAUAACGUGUUGUUUGGCACAAACGAUCGACUGUUAUCGACUGAGGAAAAAGGAAAGACAAGAAGGGCGAAAAGGAUCCGACUCGACCAAAGUGACUGAUGUCGAAGAGGGAAGAAUUGUUUUUGGGAGAGUCUUUAAGAAAGCUACUGGCCUUGAUGCACCAGUAAUUGAUGAUACCAAGAAGCCCUCCAACGCUUCUUCAGAAGAUGAAGCUUCUUAUCAAGCGGACUUUCCAGGCUGGUCUGGAGAUCAACUGCAGCAUCUGAGUUCCAGAGAAGCAGCAUGGAAGCGCAUGUCUCCCUCUCUGAUGUGUGGGGGGGACCAGUUAAAAUUCAGCGCAGACGGACGAGGAGCUUCGCAGUUUGCAGUGGAAAAAGGAAAUGAACCCCCAAUCCCUCUGUCCCAAGUCCCUCCAUCGUGUGGCUACGGCAUGCAGAAGAACUCCCUCGGGCUCGUCCUGUUGGUUCCCUAUGAUGGCUGCAACGUGGUUGUUGAGGAUGGUGGUUACGUGCUCCCUAUGCGUUGGCAUGGAAUUCCCGUCUCUCUCUUGUGUCAUAAACCUGCUGCCCCCCAAAACCCACAACCUCAUACACCCUGGUACUCUCCAUCAAAUCCUGCAGUGUCGCCCCAUGUGGUGCCACAGCCCAAUGUGCAGAAGCCACCGCCCCAUGUGAUGUACCCCCAGUUAUACCCCCAGAUGCCAGCGCCCCACGUGAGUCCCCCCGGGAUGCCAGCGCCCCACGUGAGUCCCCCCGGGAUGCCAGCGCCCCACGUGAGUCCCCCCGGGAUGCCAGCGCCCCACGUGAGUCCCCCCGGGAUGCCAGCGCCCCACGUGAGUCCCCCCGGGAUGCCAGCGCCCCACGUGAGUUACCCCCAGUUCUACCCCCACAUGCCAGCUCCCCAUGUGAUUCCCCCCGGGUUGCCAGCUCCCCAUGUGAUUCCCCCCGGGUUGCCAGCGCCUCAUGUGAUGUACCCAGAGUUCUACCCCCACAUGCCAGCGCCCCAUGUCAUUCCCCCCGGGAUGCCCCAUGUAAUGUACCCCCCGAUGCUGUCUGAGGGGCAGCCGCCCCUGACACGGGAAGAUGUGACCCAGGUGCCCCUGAAGUUCGGCCUGGACACGCCCUUGAUUCAGGAAGAUGUGCCUCUGACGUUAGGCCUGGACACGCCCCUGAAGCAGAAGGAUGUACCUCAAGUGCCCUUGGAGAUGCCCCUGAUUCCCCGGAUGCGUAGCGACCAAAAUGAAUCUCCUCCCAAAAUCCCUCAGUCCUACUACUUUCUACCAUAUCCUAAUUACCCAUCAGUACCGGAACCUGCAAAGGCACCCAUUGCAACAACUGCUGAGAAACCAGAAAGGCCUAAACGUCCUCUAUACCCCCCUUUCUACCAUCCAUAUUCUCAUUUCCCUCACCCUGUUCCAGUCACAACAUCUGCACCAACUGCCAAGCCAGCAGCCACAGCUCCUCCGAUGUUUCCUUUUCCCAUCUACCCUCCCUUUCCUUGGUCCGGUUUAGGGCCCCCGCAAGCAACUGCAAAACCCACUCUUCCUGCAACUAGACCUCAGCCACAGUAUUUUCCUUUUCCUCCUCAAAAUCCUUUUCUGCAUCCCUAUCAAUAUUCAGCCCCGAAACCAGAAACUACCAUGACCAGACCGCAGUUUGCAUAUAUGCCGUUUCCAUCCCCAUACCAAAUGGUGGCCCCCUAUCCCGCAACAUUGACAAAGACAACUGAUUCCCCACCGCCAAAACCGUCCCAUCCUCCGUAUCCUUUCAUGCCUUAUCCCCCCGUUCAUGGCUAGCCUGCUCAAGCUGUUCCAAAUAAAUGCCUUAAAUAACAAA